AUGGGAAGUGACAUCGACUUUACCACAUUCCAUAAUGUGAUCGGGGGUAAAUUAUCCUCCAAGGAACAAACCCGCCACGGCAUCAAUCCAGCAACCGGGGAACCAAAUCCUGAUGUUCCAGUCUCUACUCGCGCCGAUGUUGACCGCGCUGUCGAGGCGGGAAUCGCUGCAUUCAAGAGCUGGUCCAAAACCCCAUACGAGGAGAGGAAAAAAGCUCUCCUGGCGUUUGCUGAUGCUGUGGGGCAAUAUUCUGAGGACCUCACCAAAUUGCUCGUGAAAGAGCAAGGGAAACCGGCCCACUUUGCCGCCGCGGAUAUUCAGUCUGGAAUUGCCAGUGUUAAGGCCACUGCCAACUUUGAGUUGAAGGAUGAAGUUCUCGAAAACAACGAGGACAGAGAGGUGAUUCUCCGCUAUACGCCAUUGGGUGUUGUUGUUGGAAUUGUCCCAUGGAACUUUCCUGUUAUGCUCUGCCUGAUCAAAAUCGCACCAGCUCUUCUUACUGGGAACACAAUCAUUGUUAAACCUUCACCGUAUACUCCCUAUUGCGCACUGAAACUUGCCGAAAUUGGCCAGAAGUUCUUCCCCCCUGGUGUCCUCCAAGCUCUUAGCGGUGAUGAUAAUCUGGGACCCUGGUUGACGGCCCACCCUGGACCCGCAAAGAUUGGUUUCACGGGUUCAUCAGCAACUGGGAAGAAGGUCAUGGAGAGUGCAAGCAAGACACUGAAGCGAGUUACUCUUGAGCUAGGCGGAAAUGACCCUGCAAUUAUCUGUCCUGAUAUCAAUAUUGAAGCAGUGGCAGCAAAGGUCGCGCUGGCGGCAUUCUUCAAUUCCGGACAGGUCUGUAUCGCAGCGAAACGAAUAUACGUCCACGAGUCCAUCUAUGAAAAAUUCCGCGACGCAAUGAGUGUCGCCACGGCGAAAUUGGUUGUGGGUGAGGGUAAUGAGGCCGGUGUGAUGGUUGGCCCCAUCCAAAACUCCAUGCAGUACGAGAAAGUUAAGGAAUUCUUCGCGGAUAUUGAAAAGGAAAAGUGGACCGUUGCUGCAGGCGGAAACGCCGAAGUUCGGAAGCCUGGGUACUUCAUCCAGCCUACCAUCAUCGAUGCGCCACCUGUUGAGUCGAGGAUUGUUGCAGAAGAGCCAUUCGGCCCAAUCGUGCCCCUCAUCCCCUGGAAAGAUGAAGCAGCGGUGAUCGAAGCCGCGAAUAACACCAAGAUGGGGUUGGGCUCAUCCGUCUGGUCCAACGACCUGGACCAGGCUCGACGAAUCGGGAAACAGCUUGAAGCUGGCAACGUAUGGAUCAACGCACACCAGGAAGUCAGUCCUAGUGUACCAUUCGGCGGCCACAAGGAGAGCGGUAUUGGCUUUGAGGGCGGCCUCGACGGCCUGAAGAGUUACUGCAAUGCGCAAGCAUUUUAUAUCAAGAAGGCUAAAUUGUAG